GAAUAAUGGCGUUGAUCAGAUUUUUUUGUUUGAUCGCAAUUGUGUCGCUCGGCGGACUACUCCCAGUUAUUCAGGCAGAUGAAACCCUCUCAACUUCUGAGGGAACUCCACCGACAUACGAAACUUAUGAACCAGGCGUGAAGAUAACACAUGGAUCAGGUAGCAGCGUAGAUGAUGACGAUGAUGUUUCUGAACAAACGAUUCAGGAAGAUCCCCAAAUUACAAAUAAUGCUGCUUCGAAAAGCACGGAUGGCGGAAAUGAUGCGGACGCGAGUGAGGAAAACACGACGAAGAAGGGUGAUUCAUCCACAAUGCCUCCAGUUUUGUCAUUGUCUUCGAUUUUGCCCAUGGAAUCCAGUCAAAAUGGCAAGACUGAGGGACCUAAUCAAGGAGGGACUGAGGGACUUACUGAAGGAAGAGGACCUACCGAAGGAAAAGAACCUACGGAAGGAGAAGGACAUACCGAAGGAAAAGAACCUACCGAAGGAAAAGUACCUACCGAAGGAGGAGGACCUAACGAAGUGGGAGUUACGAACAAUGUAACUAUCGUUAACAAUGGAAGUUCUAACCAUGAAGGAGGACCUAACGAAGUGGGAGUUACGAACAAUGUAACUAUCGUUAACAAUGGAAGUUCUAACCAUGGAGGAGGACCUAACCAAGGAGGCGGUCCUAAUAACGGAGGAGGAGGAGGACCCAACCAAGGAGGCGGUCCCGACAACGGAGGAGGAGGAGGACCCAACCAAGGUGGAGGCCAUGGUCAGGGAGGAUCGGGCGGAGAACACGGUGGUCAUCACCACCACCACCACCACCAUCAGAACGGAAAUGAAGCAACUAAAGUAAAAUUACUCCCAAGUGGACCAAAUGCUGGCGACACUGUUCUUCCCAGUUGCGAUGAUUGCACCUCGUCAGAAAUUGCCCUCAACGUUCCAUUUUCCCUCGGAGGCAUUCCGUGGAGAAAGGCUUACAUCGCGACAAAUGGUAUCAUUUCAUUUGAGAGGAAGGUUCGUUGGUACGCCCCUUCUUGUUAUCCGCGGACGAGCACCGCAGUGGCGCCGUUUUGGUCGGACGCCGACACGAGACACGGAGGUUACGUGAGUUAUCGGCAGACCCAGGAUCCGAGGAUCAUGCGUCGCAUUCAGGAAGAUGUCUCCAAGUACUACCCAAGGUCCGAAGUACCGGAACCGAGGUCUGCUCUUAUUGUUACUUGGUCUCAGGUCCAACCCUUCGGGUCCAAAAGAACAUUGAAGAACACUUUCCAAGCUAUCCUUGUGUCAGUUGAUCGUCACAAUUCGUUCGUCAUCUUGAACUACGACAAUUUGCAAUGGAUUUCCGGUGCGAACAACAGAAGAAAGCCGGCAUUUGCUGGUCUAAUAUUCCCAGGAUACGAUUCGGAUGGAGGUGACCUCGACCACGUUCUUCUUCCACUUUCCUGCUCAACAAUUGCCAAUUUUCUGAGUAUAUUCACAAACACGGACAAGAUAGGAAAAUAUGUUUAUUGGCCAACUAAAAACAGGGUGAAAGUGAGCCCCGAGAAUAACGAAGGAAUACCCGACUUUUUCAUGCCUUUCGGACGGCAAACCGCGGACGAGAAACUGGCUGGUGGCUGUAGAGGAGAUUGCGUCUCUGACGAAAUAGAGUUUUCAGUCUAUUUCGUAUUCGGUAGCGCAUUGGUGGAUGACGUCUACAUUCACAAAGAUGGCAAAGUCGUGUUCCCCAUUGAACACGAGCCCCGUUGCGGAGACCACGACAGGAAAUUAUUCAAAAGAUCGGCUUCUUCUUCCGGCACUCGUGGUGGACGUCAAUCACGACAUGAGGAUGAUGGAGACGAUGACGGAUACGUUGGGUGGAGGGAAAUUAGGAACCACGCUUUACUGCAUAAACUGAGGCAUCAAAUUGCUCGUGGGUUGAGGGGACAGCCUGAGGGCAGAAUGAGGGACCGAGUUGGGGAAAUCGUCUGGGCUUUCGUCAUCACCUGGUACAAUGUGAAAACGGAUCAUCACAACCGCUCUGAUGACGAUGAACGCAGGACUGCCCAACUGGUGUGUUAAAUGAGGCGAAAAUAAUUUUUU